CGAUUUUUAAUUGAUUUGUUCAGUGUUUGUGCACAAUUAUGUUGCAAUGUCCUGCUACAGUGGCUUCGAUGAUGGAUCUUAUGGCUUCAACGAGUCCGUCUCGUCCACGGAUAGUGGCUUCGAGAAGAGCUAUGAAUCGUCUGACUUGUCCGGAGGAUACCAAUUGAAUUACUCCGGCUGUGGCCUGGGAAUAGUCCCGGAGAUUUCCUCCACACCCCGAAUGGCAGGAGAAGAGGACAAAAUGGAGACUUUCGCUCCGAUUUUGGGCACUUCAACGCCCGUCAAAGACGCUUCCAGCGCCCAGAAGCCCAAGAGGAAGUAUGCCGUCGGCAAAAAUCGCGUCACGCGAUCCCGCAGCCCAACGCAAAUCCUCAGAAUUAAGCGACAUCGACGGAUGAAGGCCAACGAUCGCGAGAGGAACAGAAUGCACACGCUCAAUGAGGCUCUAGAGCGCCUGAGAUUGGCGCUGCCCACAUUUCCCGAAGACACCAAAUUGACCAAGAUCGAGACGCUUCGCUUCGCCCACAACUACAUCUUCUCGCUGGAGCAACUGCUGGAGAGCGAUGGGUCGGUGAAUUUCGAUCUGGAGAAGCUGCAGAGCAUCACCUUGAGCGGGGAGAGAAUCACGAAGGAUCUCUUCCACGCCUUGUUCAUCAGGAACGUCUCGCCGCGCACUUUCACCGCCUCGGCGGCGGGAUUCUCCUCAAUGGAUUUCUACCACAGCAUGCAGCAGUACAGCGUGUCUGUCGCCAAUCCUCAUCCGCCAGAGCCAGGAUUCUCCAAGCAGAACUACGACAUCUUCAGAAACGCCUUCCACAGCGCAGCCAGAACGCAUCCAUCGAUGACCAAUUAUGACUAUCUUCAGCAGAACACCGGCUAUCCGAUGACGAAUUUAGCAGCAGCUGAAUCUGGAUCAAGCGAGAGGAAUUAUCAUCAGAACAGCAGUUUCUACAAUCAAACGCCUCCGUGGCGGGAAUCCAAUGAGUUCCCAAUUGUGGAGCCUUUUCAGUACAGUGAGAGAUUCUAAAGGACAUUCUUUGGCGUAGGGUUUUCGUGAUUUUUUCUUAGGAAUGUUGAGGAUUUCCUUCUUGCCAAUCUUUUGAAUUGAAUAUCAUACAAAAUGUAUAUUGAAGAAAAUCUCCAAGUAUUCAUAACAUUCCAAUUUUUUUUGUGCACAUCCUUUUUGUAUUAAUUUAGCUUGUAAUUUAUAGAAGGAAAUCCAUUAGAAAAAAAAAAAUUGUAUUUGAAUUUGAAGAAGCAAUUUCACACAUGAAGCAAUAUUAUUUUGUCAAUUUUAUCAAAUGAAAGUCAAUUCUAGUCAUUUUUUCACUAGCUGUAAGUUUUUGCCUUAAUAUAAAGUGCUCAAGUGGAACUUAUAAACGAGUUUAUACCAACAUUUUCUAUGCAGAAGGCACAAAUUUUUGUAUUUAUCAUCAAUAAAUGACAAAUGUAUAUUGUUAGAAUGAUGCAAGAUCGUU